UUUAUUUUUGUGUGAUAAUCUACCUUUAAGAAAAGGUGCACCACACCUGAGAGCACCAGAAAGUCGCAUCAGAGAUCACCUGAUACAUGAGCAUAAGAUGUUCCAUCUGCGCGUUGAUGCAUAAGCAGCAUUUACAAAUUAACUGAUGUGUGCUAUAUAUCACCUCUUUGAUGAUUGAUCAUCUUCUAUGUAUCCUGACUUCUAAUUUCAACCUAUUUGAGAUAUUCAUUGUUUAUUUUAAAUUAACCAUGUUUUGUACCACAAAAUCAAUGCACAUGGAUCUAUUGCUGAAAGAAGGAAGUCUUAAACAAGGGAUAGAAUCUCUUUGUUAUCAUAUGGUAUCUGAAUCAAAUGAUCGCAAAAUUGGAAUACUACAAAAUGAAAAUGAACAAUUACAGCUUACAGUUUCUAAAAAUUCAGAAAGUGAGCUUCCUAGGGUCAAACGUAAAUCCAAUUCCAACAAAAUAACAUUUAAUAAAAAACCAAAAAGAAGAAAAUAUGAUGAAAGUUAUCUGUCUUUUGGAUUUACUUACUUUGGAAAUAGAGAUGCACCUCGUGCUCAGUGUGUGUUGUGUAAGAAAAUUUUAUCAAACAGCUCUUUAGCUCCUAGUAAGCUUCGAAGACAUUUGGAAACUAAACAUGCUGCAUAUAAAGACAAAGACAUAAACUUUUUCAAGCAGCAUCUUGAUUCACCUGAAAAUAGUAAACUUCCAACAUCUAAAAUUGUUGACACAGAUAAUGAAAGUGCUACAGAGGCUUCAUACAAUGUGUGUUACCACAUAGCACUGAGUGGUGAGGCUCAUACUAUUGGAGAAUUGCUUAUCAAGCCUUGUGCAAAAGAUGUAGUGAUGCAGAUGUUUGAUGAACAAUAUAGUAAAAAAAUUGAUGCAGUACCGCUAUCUAACUGUACUGUUGCACGCCGAAUUAGAGAUCUAGCUGCUGACAUUGAAGAAGAACUUGUUUGCAGACUGAAAAUUUGUGACGGGUUUUCACUGCAGCUAGAUGAAUCCGCUGAUGUUUCUGGACUGGCUGUGCUGCUUGUGUUCGUUCGUUAUAGGUUUAAUAAGUCUAUUGAGGAGGACCUACUUUUAUGUGAAUCUUUGCAAAGUAAUGCUACCGGUGAAGAAAUAUUCAACUGCAUCAACAGUUUUAUGCAGAAACAUGAAAUUGAAUGGGGGAAAUGUAUUGAUGUUUGUAGUGAUGCUUCUAGAGCAAUGGAUGGAAAAAUCGCUGAUGCUGUCACCCUGAUAAAAUAUAUGGCACCUGAAAGCACCAGUAGUCAUUGCUGCUUAUAUAGACAUGCGCUGGCAAUUAAAAUAAUGCCUAUGUCUCUGAAAAAUGUGCUUGAUCAGGCGGUACAAAUCAUUAAUUAUAUUAAAGCCCGACCACAUCAGUCCAGACUACUAAAAAUUUUAUGUGAAGAAAUGGGUGCACAGCACACAGCACUUCUUCUAAAUACAGAAGAGAGGUGGCUCUCUCGAGGUAAAGUUCUCGUAAGACUUUUUGAGCUUCGUCGUGAACUAUUGGUUUUUAUGGAUUCUGCUUUUCAAUUAUUUGAUUGUUUAACAAAUUCAUCUUGGCUCUUAAGGCUUGCAUAUCUUGCAGAUAUUUUUACUAAAUUAAAUGAAAUUAGCCUGUCAAUGCAAGGAAAGAAUGUGACCAUUUUUACAGUAAUUGAUAAAAUGUCAUCAUUGUUAAGAAAAUUGGAGUUUUGGGCUUCAUCUGUUGAAGAAGAAAGUUUUGAAUGUUUUCCUACACUCAGUGACUUUGUGACUGAAACUAAUUCUACAGUUGAUAAAGAUAUCUGCAAUUCCAUUGUACAGCACCUACGGAGCUUACGCUCUACUCUGUUGAAAUAUUUUCCUGUUCAAAAUGACGGUAAUGCCUGGGUUAGAAAUCCAUUUGCAGUAACUGUCAAACCAGCUUCAUUAGUAGCACGGGACUAUGAGAGCCUGAUAGAUUUAACUUCUGAUUCUCAAGUGAAACAGAAUUUCAGUGAGCUUUCCCUAAAUGAAUUUUGGAGUAGCCUCAUUCAGGAGUAUCCAGGUAUUGCCAAGCGUGCCAUUCAUGCUCUUCUUCCUUUUGCUACAAUGCACCUGUGUGAAACGGGGUUUUCAUACUACGCUGCAACAAAGACAAAAUACAGGAAAAGACUCGAUGCUGCACCUCAUAUGCAGAUCCGGCUCAGCAGCAUUACACCUAAUAUUAAGCGGAUAUGUGAUAAAAAGACACAAAAACACUGUUCUCAUUAAGAUUGAAGGGCUUUGCAUGUCUUUUGAUAACCAAAUGUAAGAUGAAAAUAAAAGAUGGUUUACUUCAGCUCCAUUAUUCCGAGGGUUUUUUAAAAAGUUAUCAUUUUUA